AUGAAGUACAUUGCAGCCAUCUCUGCGCUCUUUGCUCUCAAGGUCCUCGCCAACCCACUGGCGAUCGCCCCCCGUGUCUCGGUUAUUGAUCCGAGUGUACUCAAGUGGGAAAUUGACGCUGAGAAUGGCGAGGUUAUUGCGGUCAACGGUACUAUUGAGAACGUUAUCCACCACCUGCAGCAGCGCGGCUUGCCCUCAAGCGAUACCCUGCAGAAGCGAAUCCCGCCGCUUGACAUGACGGGAACUCAUUACUUCUGCGGCGGCCGCUGGGAUCGCGCCGAGCUGUCCCCCUUGUAUCGCGGCCUGACCUACCUCAACACGGUCAAGGGUAGGGUGCAUGUCCCUCGUGGGCCGAGCUCGUGUGGUCGUGUCAGCUGCGACGACUCCUCCGCAAUCUACAUUUGCAAUGAUAAUCGUUACCCGCUCACUCUAGACACCUUCGACCGCAUUGUCGAGGCUGCUAGCUACAUCAUUAGCAAAUGUACGAUUGUAAAGCCUUUAGUCCAGGUGUCCGGACAGCUGUUCUUUCCAGAUAAUUGGAACGUUAUAGUACGCUGGGACAACGACUGCUAG